AUGGCGUCAAAAAAACUAGAAGAAAUCUCGUCCGCUUGCGAAGCUGCUGCACAAGCACUUCAGGCAAUUGGUAAUAUAGGAAAUGCUGAUAUUCAAAACUUAGCUGCAUCAACUGCAUCGAGCGACAAUUCUGUUGCCUCAACGUCUACUACAAGCGGUGGAGAUGCCAUCGCAACCAAACUAGCGCGACGAUUUCCAACGUACAACUCCAGAGGCCGGAGACCCAGCGGAAAUGUUGUUGGAAGAUCAAGAACACGAAGUUUGGGUAGAAAGCGACGUUCGAAUAGCCGUGAAAAGUCACCAGGAUCGGAUGCAAAGUCCGGACGACCUGCCAAGUCCAUAUGCCACAAAGAUUUAGUUAUUAUACCAAACCCGUACACUAAACAAGUACCAAGUCAUUCAAGUAAAGUGAAGCUUGAAGAGAGAGGGCUAAUAAUUCACAAAUUUCCGUUCGACAGACGAUGGAGUCCCGUUGAACUAAGGAAAAAUAUUGAAAGGCAACUUCCCAGAGACGUUCUUUUUCAAUUCAUGAAGGCUUGCUAUGGAACCUUGGUAAUCCCAAAACUGGCAGAUGGAGUACAGAUGAAUGGCGAGAGAAUAAUAAAAUUCUCUGGUCAGGGAAGUGUGUACAUCAGAUGCCUUGAUCCCCUAGAGGAAGAGGAUAAUGAUGAGGAGGAUGAGCAGCUCUUAAAUUCUGCCUUUUUUGAAAAAUCUGAUGAUAGUGACCAUGGAAGCCAAAGAAAAGAAACAUUUUCACAGUAUUGUGGAGAAGCAAGUCAAGCAACCCAGCAUGCCAUUCCACCCCAAAUGACAGUUCCAAAUGAACCUUCUGUUUUAGCUCAACCUGUUAACGUUUGUGAAGAUCCAGUUAUUUUGCCAUCUCCGUCUAUUGUAUCUCGAAAUAGUCAAGUAUUACCAGAAAUAUUUCAUGAAGACAUUUCAUGGUAUGAUCCAACUAUUAGUAAAACUGAGGCUGUAGUUACUAAUGAUGCCACAUUAUCACCAUUGCCAAAUGAUCUUGAAAUCCCCACUAGGACCAUAAGAGUUCAUAGGUAUCUAAUCAGAGAGGAUAUGCUUGAGUUAUUUUCAGAUCCAUCUAUUUCAAAUGUUUUUUUGCAUGUCAUUAUUAUUAAUCAACAUGGCCAUGAAGAGUUGGGGGAGGGAAGUGGAGUGUUAAGAGAGUUGUUUUCACUUUUCUGGAAAGAGGCUUAUGAAUCAUACAUGCUAGGUGAAAGUGAGAGAGUUCCCUAUAUUAGACAUGAUUUCAAUAGAAAGAGGUGGGAAGCUGUUGCAAGGAUACUAGUGAAGGGAUAUGUCACUUGCUUUUAUUUUCCCUUUAAGUUAAGCAAGGCUUUUCUUGCUGCUUGUCUUUUUGGAGAGGGUAGUGUUUCUUGCCAAAUGUUGCAGGAUUCUUUUAAGAAUUAUUUGUUUCGUUCUGAAGCAUGCCUGGUGAAUGCAUGCCUGAAUAAUACUAUUGAAUGUGAAAAUAAAGAGUUGGUAGAGUUUUUGUCAGCAUUUGAUUGUAAGCGAAGAUUUACAAAAGAGAACCUGAUAGAAAUAGUCACAGAGCUUGCCCAUAAGGAAAUAAUCCAAAAAGCCAAGUAUGUAGCUGAUUGCUGGGCACCAAUUGUUUCUGAACUAAAGAAAUAUCUUCCUGAUAUAUGUUCCUUAAAUACAUUAUAUGAGUCUAUUAUACCAACUAAUGCCAAGGUUAUUUCUAUCCUACAUGCAAAUCCAGUAACACCAACUUAUCACAUUUAA